AGAAUGUGCUCCAAGCAAAUUAAUCGUCGAAGAUCAAGAACCAUUUGCAUUGUACCUAUCAACAGUUCCGAACUGUAGCGUCAAUAGGCAUGCAGUAAAUACAAGAAUAGUGGUCGUAGGUUGUAGUAAUACAGCACUAUCAUUUCUGGAGACUUUGUUGUGCAAACAAGAUCCAAAUGAUAUGGUAACCUUCAACAACGUAACACUGAUUUGUGCAAGCGGUAUGGCGGCUUCUAAAGUAGGCAGCCGAAUCAGGGACGCAUUUCUGAUCAAGAAAUACUUCAUGGAUCCACGACAUAUGGAUAUGAUUAGCUUGAAGACAUAUGUAAACGUCAUAUCUGGGAAGGUUUCCAAGAUAGACAAGAAAAAUCAAAUCCUGGUGAUUAACAACAAUAGUUUCAUAUCGUAUGAUAUGCUGUUCCUGAUGAACGGAGAACAGUUUCUUCAACCAAUCAGGCAGAACAGAACUCCAUUCGUGGAGAAGCCAGAUAACGUCUUCGUCAUCAACAAUGCUAUCGAAGCCAACAAUGCUGUUAUGAAGUUGAAACAACUGCAUGCCAACUAUGGCGAUCGAGACUAUACCAUCAUAGUAUUCGGCCACUUUCUACAAGCACACACCACGUUGAAUGGACUAUUGAUGUUCGGCAUCCCAGGAAAGAAUCUAGUCCUUGUGGAGCCCUUUCCUUAUUGCAUGGCUCUCGAAAAACGACAAAGACACAAAGUAUCGAUUUACAAUGAUCCUGAUAUCGACGAAGCGGUCUACGAUCACAUCAGGGCAGAGGGCAUACAGGUCUACCAAUCUUACUACUUCAUCGACUGGGAAUUUGACCCAAGCGAAAACGUGAUCACGAUGGCGAAGUUCGAGUCAAGGCACCACAUGCUUGAACUGGAAUGCAUGGCGAUGUUCUAUUUUGCAGAAAAGGAAAUCCAUUCCAGAGUAUACAAAGUAAUAAAUCAAGCCGGUUUAGUAUAUGACGGUCGUCUAGUUAUAGACAACAAAUGCAGAACCAAUGAUCCAAAAAUCUAUGGUGCUGGCACGCUGACAAAGUACUCCAGGAAGUACUAUGCGAUGUCUAUGUCUCACAAGUAUUUCAACAGGGUUGAGAUUGGUGCGAAGCUAGGAGAACAGAUCAAAAAUGUAAUUACUCCACACAAGUCAGAAUCCGUAAAUAAGGAAGUGGCUGGAUGGGACUUCGAAAUGGAACGUGGUGAUCAGUUAGUGCCAAGAUAUGUCAAGCCCAUCAUGAGGUACUGUCGACUGCCAGGAGGUCUCUACUAUUUAUCAAUAACAAAACCAGGGCGACGAACUCCUUUAGAGACAGCUAUAAGCAUGGAAAAUUAUGGCCAAGUAUUGAUAACAGGGAACUGCAGGAAUCUGUCCAAACAGGGUUUCUUUAGGCUUCACCUAAACGACAACAAGAGGGUGGAGACUAUCACGUGUCUCGCUAAGUUCCCUAUUGAUGUCUACAACAUCUACUGCCUCUGGGGUAAGCACGAGAAGUUAUUAAACAACAUCCAGCUGAGAUUCGAAACGGUGCUUAUCACAGAUCUCUUCGAAUAUUUCAAAGAACCUUGGGCGUAUGCCAUCUACCAUGACAAGUUUAACGAUUUACUGAAUGAACUCAACAAACUUAUGACGUCUUCUCUGAAUCCAAAUGGCAACAGCUAUCAACAGACACAAAAGAUUCGUUAGAAGAGCGUUUUAAAGCGCUCAGCUAUCCAAAGGUAAUUGAACAAAAAGUACUGGACUUCAUCAAAGACCACUUGGAUGAUCUGCCCAUGUACGCUCAUCCCAUAGUUGUCAGAACGCUCCUCAGGAACUACCAGAACAGUCCAUUAUUCUCAUAGCUGCGUAAUAGAGGCUAUAUAGCGUUCAAGGUAUAAGACAUACUAAUAGUAAGAUCACUCAGCUGUCAACCCAGUGUUUUGCAACAUGCGUCUCCAGCCCGCGAGGCACAACAGAAGCUUAUAUCACCUGAAAGACAGAUAAAUAACAUUGACAAACGAUGUCAAUUGUACUGGGGAGGGUCACCGUUGGAACCAAAACAUAUACAAUAAAGAACUUUGAGCACAUAUUGGCCAGAUAAACAUGGGGGAUUAUCAACAUGAAAACCACUUGAUACGUUUCAGAUGUCACAUUAGGUUUCAGCAUGUCACUUAACGCUAUUGGUUGAUAUAAAAAAUAUGCAUAAAUGCAUGUGUCCCGUAGAGAGUGUUUUCUGUGUUCAGUAAUAUUUAUGAGUAUAUUCCAGAUUACAGCCCAAGAGCUAUAAUUCAUGCACAACGUUUAACAUCGCUAGCAAAGCGGUAACCUCAGGCGAAGGAGUCCGACGUCUGAGAUCAUUUUAGUUCAGGUAGUGUUUUCACAUCUGCUCGGAAAAAUAGUUUAAUUUGGAUUUUUUGCGUACUAUAUCAUUUAUUGACCACAUUAUCCAUUUACAAUGUACAGGUUCAUGUGAGGUUUUACAAACUAAGUUAUUAUCUAUCCGAGUGACGACAUAGCAUCAACGCUCUCAUCAUCUGAAUAGAAGCAGUAGUUAAACGUUUUUUUUUUUUUAGCAAAAUUUGAAAAUUAACUAUUAGACAUAUGUUCAAACUUAUGUUAUUUCAUUUAAUUUCUAGUCAUAUUCAGUCGCGAGUAUGGAUUCCCUAGGUAAUUUACAUUGCGUAGUGCAUGGGUCUCUAUUUCUGCAGAUGUUUGAUAUUUAUUUAGAUUUCUGUGCACAUAACAUACAACUUCAAAAAUAUAAAUUGUUGGAAGUGGUAAUAUUCGUAGAUUUUUGAAGUGAUUUCUGCACAUUGAUUCAUAACUAGUGUUUGUAAUUAUCCUCAAAGCCGUUUUUUGUAAAGAGAAAAUUUUGCUAGUUGCUACUGAGUUUCCUCAGAGCAUUGUGCCAUAUGCAAUGUGAGUAAGAAACAUGCUGAAGUACACUACCCGCAAAGUAUGGUUAACGAGGCAUUUACUUAGAUGCCCGAGAACAAAUAAUUGUGUAGACAUUCUAGAAUGAAAAUAAUCAAUGUGUGAUGUCCAGUUUAGUCUGGUAUCAAGUACUAUUCCUAGAAGUUUUACUGGUUUAGAUCUCACAACCAACCUGAGAGGACAAUAUUUCACAAAAAUUUAAAAAAAUGUUCAAUUAUAAGUAUAAUAGCAAUUGGUCUGUAAUUAACGGCGGCAUCUCUGUCCCCCUUUUUUAUAAAUAGGGAUAAUUUUCAAAAAAUAAAUAUUUGGUGGCGGCCUCUAUACGGAUAUAUAGAUAGAAUUUAUAACAUUUUUUUUUUAUUCUGAAAGAUAUUAUAUUUUUCUUUUUCCUUGAUAUCUGAUUUACAAAAGGGGGAGUUGUAGCUCGAAAAGCAGUCCUACCAACCUCGAUAAACCUUGUAUUAAAAGAAAGCUUGUGAAAAGUGGAAUCAAUGAAAGAAAGUAUACAGGGUGCUCGAUUUGAAAAUGUUGAGAAGCUAUAGUGCUGUCAUAAUAAAUUUGGAAUCAAUUUGAAUUUCUACUUUCACUUUCUAGUGUCUAACGGUUUCGCCUCACAGACCAAAUCAAGUUAACCUGGGAAAUUCCGUUGUCCCGUUUGAUACCGAUAUUGAAGCCAUAAAAGAGAAUGAAGAUUUGCAAUCUUAAUUGUCUUUAAAAAUAUUAUGCCGUUUUUUGUGCGAGAAAAUAUCUCUAGUGAUGUGCUGGGUGCUAUUUUGAGCUCAUUACCGCACUCAACAUAGUGAUUUGAUCCGUCAUUAACUUAUUUUUUUAAUAAUAAUGGUUGUUAACUGAUUCAUCAGCACACUUGGUGUGCCAAUCAGGUGCAAAUAGAGACGCGUCUCCAGAGCCCUUAAAAUCGGUACGUGCCUCUUAAAAAAUAUAUGUUUGGGUCACCUCAUAGCUAUAAAUCAUCCAUCAAUGUAGAGAUAAAAGUAUUUUCCACCUAAGCAGUAUACUGUUGACUCACCCUGUAUCUCCGUGAGUUCAUGACUAGAGUCAAUGAAUAUAGGUAUUCCAAAUUGCAACAUAAAAUGUAUAUUUCAUUCACAAUGUUUGACAAUAUCGCCUUGCAUUCCCUCAAUGGGCACGCAAUACAUGACCGUCGAGCAUUACCGACCAAUCACUACCUCUUGGGCGGAAGAGCUUCCUAGAAAGAAACUGGUUUGACCGCUGCGUGACCCUACUAUUAGUAAUUCCGUAUGCUUUUUACUAUAGAAAAGCAGGCCCCUGGAUUUUGUACUCUUACACAAUUUUCAUCGAUCAUCAAUUGUCCAUAAAUAGGUAUGUGUAUUUCCUACGUAAUAAGCUGUCAGACAAGUAUUGUAAAUAUAUGUUUUAAUAUCGCAUUGUUGAAAGGUUUUAUUAGCGUAAAAGUAAUUACAAUUUGGUGAUACAUGGUGUUGUGGUGACAAUGAUGAUGAUUUUGAUAAGGGAAGUAGUGUAAGGUUUCCUUUCCCAAAUGUUAUUCUAUAUUAUCAGAAACGUCAACAUAUGUACAUACAGUCAUGGGUCAAUAUGUUUGGAACAGAAACGAGAAUAAUAAUAAUAAAUUGCCUUUAUUCGAUUAUUUUACAUUAUACAUCCAGC